GAAUCCGCCUGCGACAAUAGGGCUGUAGGCGUGAAAGGCAGCGCAGAGGGAAGAGCGUGGCGGUCUGAGGCAUCCGGAACCCGUCAGUAACCCUAUUCACUUGAGGAAUAUAUCCAGCGCAAUUUGGGAAAAAGCCGGCCUGAAAGUGAGUAUGAAAAGUGCGGACGUUCAAUCUGCAUUCGUCAGUCUGGCAAAGGUAGUUGUUCUAUGGGAGCAGAGCCGGAAGUCUUGGCAUUGGGACUUUUAAAAAAAGAAAAAGAAAAAUUCAACGCUGCGUUCUGCAUCCUGGCAUUCCGCGAGCACAAUCUUUAUUUGCGGGUUAUCAAGAAGACAGAGCAUUCUCAUAUAAGAAAUUGAUAAUUUUGUUUAUUUAUUGAAAUUUUAUCCAUUUUUGAGCUCCUCGUCACGCCGAGGGAGACCUACAUAAAACUUUUACGUUUGAAGGAAAAGGGAGGGAGAGAGAGAGAGAGAGACGCCAGAAAACAUUCUGAAAAUUCCCAAAUCCAACAAACCAGCUGAAUACUGCUGUAUCUAUUUCUACCUAUUCCACACACAGUCUAUCACUUCCCCCGGGAUUGGAUUGGACUGGAUAUCCAAAGUGCAUGCAUGUACAAGAUACAUGUAACAACCAUAAAGAAAAAAUAAAAGCAGAAGAAAGAAGAAAAGAAAAAAAAAAAGAAAAUGCACACUCUCCAACAAAUAUCAUCCUCAUCCAUCUCCCUCCCUCCAGAGAGUUAUAUAUACGCCAUCUCCCCGUCUUCUCCGGGAUCAUUUGCUGCAAUUUCAUCAGAUGAUUCCCUGCGCGUGUUUGACGCCGCUGGUGGCAGGCUGGGCAAUGCAUCUGUUAUUUCGAAGCAGAGUCAUGAGGGUGGUGUCACUGCUUUGAAGCCAUAUGCUGGGAAGGAGGGUCAGCAACAAUCGCUGCUGGUUACUGGGGGGAGGGAUGGGAUGGUGAGGGUUUGGGAUGCUCGGAGUCGGGAUGGGAGUGCGGUUUUGAAGAUAGGGACUGCUAGAAACGCUCCCGUGCUGUCCGUUGCUUGCAAUCCCGAGACUAGCAGUAUCGUUGCGGGAACUGAACUUCUAUCUUCUCAGGCUGUUGUUGCUUUCUGGGAUAUCAGAUCACCUAAAGAAUUCCGCCUCCAGUACGUCGAGAGCCACAAUGACGAUGUAACAGAGCUUCAAUACCACCCAACUCGCAGCCAUAUUCUUCUAUCUGGAAGCACAGACGGCCUGGUUAACGUCUACGACACACGGAUCGCAGACGAAAACGACGCCUUGGUACAGGUUAUCAACCACGGCUCAGUGCACCACGCAGGAUUCCUCAACGACAGGACUAUCUACGCCCUCAGUCAUGAUGAAGUCUUUUCCAUCCACCCCGCCACAGACCCAGAUGAGCAGAGCCAGGAUCCACAGCCUGUACAGUUUGGCGACCUAAGACAGCCACUGGGUUGCGAGUAUGUCGCUCAGUUGUGUUUUGGCGGCCAGCAACCAUACAUUGCUGCUGGGAAUAAGGCGGAGAAACGACUGGAUUUGGUCCCGCUCCUCUCAACCCCAUCGUGGCAAUUCGACCAGAAUAAUGUCUGGCGUCUCCCGGGUGCUCAUGGCGAGGAGGUUGUUCGUUCGGUGUAUCUUGAUAACCAGUCCAAUACGGUAUUCACAUGCGGAGAAGACGGGUUUGUCCGCGCCUGGAAACCCGACGAAGCGGGAAAUAUCGUGGCUACAGAAAAGUCCCCCGCGCAUACUUCAUCGAGUACUCCUCGAACGAAAGGAACGAAGCAGAAGGAGAGGAAAGAGAGAUUCAAGCCGUACUGAUUCGGGUGAUUUUCCUUUCUUCCCUGUGGGAUGAGUGUAGCUUGUCACAUUGCGUACGGGGUAUAAAAUUCCUGAUUUCGCUGUCCAUAGAUUAAACUUGACGAUAUUAUAUACACCUUACACCGUUGAGAAUCCAAGCUAGAACCUCUGAUUCAAC